AACGUAAAAUUGUAUUUAAAAGUGCGUAUUCCAAAGUUUUAAUCAUAAUACAAACGAAAGUUGUACGAGCAUGAAGUACCAAACCGCUUUGGCUGUCUUCGGACUUGCUUGCCUUGCGCUUGCCAACCCAAUCGCAAGAGUAGAGGAAAAAAUCUACCAAGAUCUUGAACAAUCAGAACUCAUCAACGUUAUGGUUACGUUCCGCAGAGCUGAAACCAAGGCUGCAUGGGACCGUUUCUACUCGUUGAGACUAACUACCCGUGAAGCUAUUUUGGAAACUCAACAUGCCAUCCUUAAGGAUCACGCUGACGUAGUCCAAGCCGAUGUUACCGCAUUGUUGGAGAAAACUGCACUUGCUGGCAAGAGACACUAUCUCGAGCAACUCUGGAUUACAACCGAAUUGAUUGUUCGCGAUGUCGACAGAGAAACCGUUGAACUAUUGAGAAACCACCCAGAUGUUGAGUCCUUGGUUGCUGAACAAUUCAUUCAAUUGGAAGAGACCGAAGAAGGCGAAAGCUUUGACUUAAGAGACUACAACAACACGAUUCAAAACGAGUGGGGAAUCGUGAAUGUUCAAGCUCCAGCUGCAUGGGCUAGAGGAUUUAAUGGAGCAGGUCAGGUCAUUGGAAACAUCGACACUGGAGUACGUGCCACUCACGUAUUAUUGGCCUCGAGAUAUCGUGGUAAUCAACCCGGAGAAAAUCACGAUUACAACUGGCGUGCACCAACUGGUAGCGCUGCAGUUCCCUCAGAUACCAACGGACACGGAACUCACUGCAUUGGAACUCACUCUGGUACUGGAGGCAUUGGUGUUGCACCAGGAUCACUUUUCACAGCUUGUCGCGGUUGCGCAACUGCUGCUUGUUCCACUUUCGAUCUUAACGGUUGCGGUAAUUUCAUGGCUUGUCCGACAAACACUGCUGGCGGUGCUGCUCAAUGUGCUAGAGCUCCACAUCUCGUAAGCAACAGUUGGGGUGGUGGUGGCGGUCAAACAUGGUACAAUCCAAUCCUGACUGCAUGGAGAAACGCUGGUAUAGCUGGUAUCUUUGCUCAGGGUAACUCUGGAACAGCGUGCAACACUGCCGGAUCACCAGCAGAUCAACCACUUGCUUUCGGCGUUGGAUCAAUCACAAGCACAAAUACACUUUCAACAUUCUCCAGUGUAGGUCCGGGCCCAGCUGGCGCAAUAAAGCCCAAUGUUGCUGCCCCAGGUACAAGCGUUGCAUCUGCUUCCCAUUUAGCCGAUACUGGACUUCGAACUUUGUCCGGAACCAGUAUGGCUUGCCCCCAUGUUGCUGGAGCUUAUGCUGUUGCCAGACAAUCUACUCCUGGUGCUGGUGUUGUUGCUAUUCAAAACCGUAUUCAGAGCUCAGCUCUGGCUCACGUAUCCGGAGGCAGAACUUGCGCUGGAGUACCAGAAGGAAGCCGACCAAACCACCACGUUGGACAUGGACGUAUCAAUGUUAAUGGUGCUGCUUAAAUGAUUAGUGUGUUUUUGAUUGAAUAGG